GACGUCGUAGUACCUACAAUAAUAUAUUUAAUAAUAUUCGAUCUUAAGAAUUCGGAGGAAUUUAUUAAUCUAUUUUGUAUUAAGAAUUAUUUUUAUUUUCAAAAGUAAAAUGAUUUUCUCCAAAGGAAAUGUAUUUAUAAUUACUUUGACAACUUUUAUUGUUUUUGACAUGACCACUAAUGCUGCUAACGAAGAAACUGGAACAAAUCCAAAACAAGGAAGUUACAAUAGCGGCAUGUACACCACACUCACCACCAUGCCAACCGCCAAAUGGAAUGUAGUGCAAUCGGGCUCUAAGCAAUUUUACCUGGGAACAUUUUUCAAGGCCAAUUGGUUCGACUCCAUGGCGUUUUGCCGUUAUCAUGGAAUGCAAUUAGCUAGCAUCACUAGUGAACAAGAAAAUGCGGAUGUGGUGAAACAGAUGCAGGACUUCGGUUACAGUACAGAUUCUCACUUCUGGACCUCUGGAAACGAUCUAUCAAAUGAAGGCUCGUUCGUUUGGUUAGGCAACGGCCAAAACUUCCGAUAUACUAACUGGCUAACAGGUGAACCAAACAAUGUCAAAGACGACAAAGGCAAUGAUGAAGACUGUGUAGAGUUUUGGUAUAAAGGAGAGGAAGGUUUCAAAUGGAACGAUAAGUUUUGCACUUUUGAAGCAAAUUUUAUAUGUGAAUUAGUCUAGAUAAAAAAAAAUUAAUAGAUUAAAUAUAAUUGUAGUUUGAAAAUGUUUAUUUUACACAAAAAUUGUAUA